AUGCGCCUUUCGGAAACGGUCCUUCUCACGGCAGCCGCGGCUGUUGGCCGUGUCGGCGGCGAGGCCGUGCUCACUGAGCGCCAGUCGUCGAGCACCGUCACGGUCGACUUGUCCAAGACAUACCAGACAAUGGAUGGCUUCGGCUUCUCUGUGGCCUUCCAGCGGGCCAAUCUCAUCACCAACUUGUCAGACAAGACGAAGCAGCGCGAGCUGCUAGACCUUCUCUUUAACAGGACGUCGGGAGCAGGCUUCACUAUCCUCCGGGUGGGCAUCGGAUCGAGCCCAGACAGCAGUUCGGACCACAUGAACACGUUUGCGCCCAAAAACCCCGGCGGGCCCAAAGCUGCGCCACAAUACCAAUGGGACGGCAAAGACAGCGGACAACUGUGGGUGGCGCAGGAGGCUAUCAACACAUAUGGGGUCAAGGGAAUCUACGCCGACGCCUGGAGUGCGCCGGGCUAUAUGAAGACGAACGGACAAGAGACCAACGGAGGCGCGAUCUGCGGCGUGCCCGGGGCGACGUGCUCGAGCGGAGACUGGCGGCAAGCAUAUGCAGACUACCUGGUAGCCUAUGUCAAGUUCUACCGCGAUGCCGGCGUCAACGUGUCGCAUCUGGGAUUUCUCAACGAGCCUGAGUUCAGCGCCAGCUACGCUAGCAUGUCAUCGAGUGGAGCACAAGCGGCCGACUUCAUCAAGGUGCUGUACCCGACGGUUCAGGCGGCGGGUCUGGGGAACACGACGGGCAUCGUCUGCUGCGACUCGGAGGGCUGGGGCAACCAGGUCAGCAUGACCAACGCAAUCAAGUCGGCCGGUGCCGAGAGUAUGCUCAAGGCCGUCACAUCACACACGUACACGGGAGGGCCGUCGGGGGCUAUGAACACCAAGGUGCCCGUCUGGCUGUCGGAGCAGUGCGACCUCAACGGGGGGUGGUCGACAUCUUGGUACGGGAGCGGCGGGGCGGGCGAGGGCUUGACGUGGGCCAACAACGUGUACUCGGCCGUGGUCAACAACGGCGUCUCGGGCUACGUGUAUUGGGAGGGCGUGCAAUGGCCGAACCCCAACACCAACGAGAAGCUCAUCAAGGUGGACAACCGUACCAACACGUACGAGGUGGCCAAGCGGCUGUGGGCCCUGGCCAACUGGUCGCGAUUCGUGCUUCCGGGCGCCGUACGCGUGGGCUCGUCGGGGGGCAGCGGGGUGAAGACGGCGGCCUUCAAGAACACCGACGGCAGCAUCGCUGUCGUGGCCAUCAGCACGGGCAGCUCGGCGUCUAACAUCAACAUCAAGGUGUCGGGCGCGACGCCGGCGGCCGUCGUGGCCUACGUGUCUGACAACACGCACAACUGCGAGAAGACGACGGCCAGCGUCGCGGCUGACGGCACAAUCACGGGGUCCGUGGCCGGGCGGUCCAUCAUCACAUUUUUUGUUGUCCCGGGGCCGCCUGCAACCUGA